AUGGAAGAAGACAGCAAUAGCAGUCAUCAAUACAUUAGAAAGUGCAGCACGAUCAGUGGCAGCAUUAACAACAACAACCGCAACAAGAGAGCAACCGCAAGCAAGGACGGCACGCGGUACCGAGGGGUUCGGCGCCGGCCUUGGGGGCGUUACGCGGCGGAGAUCCGCGACCCGCAGUCGAAGGAGCGGCGUUGGCUCGGCACCUUCGACACGGCCGAGCAGGCCGCCUGCGCCUACGACAUCGCCGCCCGAGCGAUGCGGGGGCUCAAGGCCCGGACAAACUUCCACUAUCCCCUGACCGCCGCCGUGCAGCCACCGGCGCCGCCGGUUGCCACGGUCGACCACUUCCUCCUCCACCCCUCGGAGUGGACCUGGAACAACGUUCCCCACAUGCACAUUUCUCCACCGGUCUCCCAUCAUCGGCACUUUUCACUCGACCCGCUUCUCCUUCGCAACCUUAUCAACGACUCCUCCUCUUUGCACCACCAUCCACCAAACACUUGUCCUUGGUCUUCUUUCUCCGGUUACUCGGCUCCUCCUCCUGUCACCAACACUCCUUCGUGUGGCAAUAUCCUCCAUUAUGAUCCAAUCAAUGUGUCCUUUACGGCUGCUUCUUCCUCGGACCUGUCUCCGCUGCUUCAACAGCAGCAGCAACCAAACUGCGUCAGUCCAUCGCCAGCGCCAGCCGCUUCUUCCGUGACCGAAGUCCCCACACGAUUUGCCGAACACUGCGACUUCUUCCACGCAGAGCCACCCGAAUCUGGACUCCUCCAGGAGAUCGUAAAUGGCUUCUACCGGAGACGAAGCAUUGACACCGAUUACACUUUGAAGGAUAGCAGGAGUCAAUGUGAUACAAAGGACGCAGUCGAUCUUCUCAAUUAUCAUAUUCAGAUGCCACUGAAGCAAGAAGAGAAGAUGUUUGAUUCCGCUGAUGACUUGCCGAUGAUCACUCAGGGGCUCCUGGAGGACAUCGUUCAUUGCCCAGAUUUCUUCGAUAUGUUAUCUGCCAAGUUACACAAAGCUUAA